CGUCAGGACACGGUGUGUGCUGUCCUGGGAUGCGACUACAUUUCGGUUUUUCAGCGUACUUUUCCCAACAGAAGACGUCCGUUUGCCAGUCCCUUUCUUGCAUCCAUUCACGGACGACAUUGGUACCAGUCCGGUCGAGUGUUUUGUUCUUUGAUCAGAUCAGUGUGACUCAUCUGUGUGACAGUAUGACACUACAGAUACUACAUAUACUGGGGCUGUCGAUGAUAUUAUACCACACACAGGCGACUGAUGUGGAUCCCAAAGGAUAUAUACUGUAUUGUCCUUGUAUGGGUAGAUUUGGAAAUCAGGCCGAUCAUUUCCUGGGAGCUCUUGGCUUUGCUAAGGCCUUAGACAGGACACUGGUAUUACCACCAUGGGUGGAAUAUCAUUUUCCCAAACCAAAAUCUGUUCAGGUUCCAUUUGACACUUACUUCAAAGUGGAACCUUUAAGGGCAUAUCACAGAGUCAUGACAAUGGAAUAUUUCAUGAAAGAGCUAGCCCCUACUAUCUGGCCCCCAAAGGACCGCACAGUGAUGUGUUACCAGGCUCGGCAUGGCAGCUCUAAUGGAUGUAAUGCUAAGGAGGGGAAUCCUUUUGGUCCAUUCUGGGAUACCUUCAACAUUGACUUCACAAGCUCCAUAUUUUACGGCCCUCUUGGCUAUGAUUUAAUGAAUCUCCACGAAAUGAAAAGAUGGAGAGACAAAUAUCCAGCGUCACAGUACCCUGUGUUGGCCUUUACAGGUGCCCCCGCCCCAUUUCCUGUCCAAUCUUACAAUGUUCACUUACAACAGUACCUUAAGUGGUCUACCAAGGUGGACACCAAGGCAAACAAGUUCAUCAAAGAGAACUUCCCAGAGGGAGCUUUUAUAGGCAUCCAUCUUCGCCUUGGUUCAGACUUUGUAAAAGCAUGUGAGCACAUGAAAGACAGUCCGUCCAUGUUUGCUGCGGCCCAGUGUAUAGGCUAUGGAGGAGAGUAUGGUAAAACUACUAAAGAGAUGUGCUAUCCUUCUGACGAAACUAUAGUGCGCCAAGUAAAAAAUGCUGUCAAACGCACCAAAGCUAAAGGUGUCUUUGUGGCUACAGAUAGUCGUGAUGUCAUUGAUAGAAUGGCAAAGGCUAUGAAAAAUGUAAAAUUUGCCAAGCUUUCAGAGCCAAAUCCUCAUGUAGAUUUAGCAAUUUUAGGGAGAGCUGACCACUUAAUAGGAAACUGUAUAUCCACCUUUACGGCUUUCGCUAAACGUGAGAGAGACAACAAUAACAAAUCUUCAGAGUUUUGGGCAUUUAAAAAGAAACAGCAUGAUGAGUUAUGAUAAAAUUUAUAUAAUAUUCAUUCAAAGAAACAUUUCUGAGAUGCUACUCUAUUUUAUACAACUUUACACUUUUAUAUAUAUCUGUUUUUCAAUUCUUUUUAAUUAUAAUAAAAAUAUAGAUUUGACCUUU